GCUACGGGAAUCAGGCCCAACCAGUCUUAAUCGAAACAAGAAGCUCCAUUUUUCUUUCCCUCCUGUGCCUAAAGGAGAGGCCCCAGUGAGUCUAUCUGUCCCGAAUCAUGAAGCUCAUCGUCAAGUUUAUCUUGCUGUGCGCUGCGGUCGCUUUCGUCGCCGCUGAGGGGACUACGGAGCAGGAACGACCGAAAACCUUUCGAAGGCUGAUACCCGCAGAUGUUCUUCGUGACUUCCCCGGCAUGUGCUUCGCGUCGACCAAGUGUGCGACUAUCGAGCCGACGAAGACUUGGGAGCUGUCGCCGUUCUGUGGCCGUUCUACCUGCGUACCUGCCGACGACAAUUCCGGUCGUCUAUUCGAGUUGGUGGAGGACUGCGGUCCACUGCCCAAGGCCAACCCCAAAUGCAAGCUCUCUGAAAAGACCAACAAGACCGCGAGUUUCCCCGACUGUUGUCCGAUCUUCGAGUGCGAGGAAGGCGUUAAGCUCGAAUACCCGGAGAUCCCGACCUUGCCACCGCCGACCGAAGCGGAAGCCGCAAACGUGCCGCCGGAGGCUACCCCGAAAGCUUAAGAUGGUAGCGCCGAAAAAAGCUACCCCGGAGAGAAAGUUGCGGUGUAGCCUCCUCGAUGAAAUUAAUCGGACCCGGAUUCAUCUUAAUGUCGAAAAACACUGCCCGAUCUGUCUUGAUACGCGAAACGGCGAAUCGUGCGUCGAAUAUAUAUUCAAGAAUUUUAUUUUCCGAGGCGACAGUCUUGAUGGAAAGGUUCCUUUCACACUAGACAGUUAGCGCAAUAUCGAGAUAUAUAACCGCGUGUAUAUAUAUAAAAACAUGAGAUGUAUUGAAAUGAAAUUCCAAACUGUUUCGACAACCGGUGUGCGAUGAAAAAGUUAGCUGUGUCAGCAGUAUUUCUCGGAGAAAAUAUAAUUGUCGCAUAAAUAGCGAUCGAUCAAUGUCACUUUGCAUUAAGUAUAACCACAAAGAUCUCUUCAUAUGUCAGCUACCUGUAACUAAUUGCUCGAUGAUGAAUUGUUCGACAAGAUUGUGCAACAUUUAUGCCGAUCGCGACGAGGCCAUACCGUGAUACCACUCACCGCUUAACGUGAUCCGAUUCCGUACACAUGAUUCAGAUUAAGCUAAUUAUAUACAAAUUUCAGACCGCGCCUUUACAAACCAUAAGCACGAUAAAAAACUUCCAACGCACUCGUUUUUCGCAAUUGCAUUUCCGUAACUUUAUUGUAAAGUCCCUAACUUAUCAGAAUAUACACUCACUAAUUAUUUUCAUAUUCUAUAACUACUCAGUCAAUGCCUGAACACAUGAUUUAAUAACAAAAAUAAUUUCGGGAAAUGUAGAUGUAUAUAUAUCUUAAAAAGAUAAAAUUUUUACAUCCUGAAGAUUAUCAAAAAAAGAGAGAAAGCGAAAAAGAGAGAGAGAGAGAGAAAAAAAAUAAUAAAUAAAAAGUAUAAAAUAUAUAUCAUAAAAAAGAUAGAUAACAGAUACAGAAUUUAUUAAAGAAAUUCGGCAUAAGUUUAAUUUUUCUACUAAAUCCGUCAAAAGGAUGCUACCUUUUUGUUAUACUAUUUCGAUUUAAUUGCAAAAGCGGUCGAAAAGUUUAGAUACUUUCUUUUUGCCUUCUAAUAAUAUUUAAUCGGUAAUCGAUACCUCUCUAGUUAAGUCGACUUAAGCCUUUCUUGGCUAUAUGACAAAGUUUCAUAGCAGAGUCUGGUAUAUGUAUCGCAAAUAUGUGUGAUUGUAAUUAUAUGUGAUUAAAUUAAUUUACUUAUUUAAUUCAA